AUGACAGACUACGAGGAAAGCAUUGCCUUCCUCGGACAAUGGGGACCGUUCCAACAAACAGUGUUUUUUCUAUUGUGCUCAAGUGCCAUACCUAAUGGUUUUACCGGCAUGUCCAUUGUAUUCAUCGGAGACACACCGCCCCAUCGUUGCCUUAUUCCCGCAGGAAGCAACAUCAGUGCCGAAUGGAGGAACCACAGUAUUCCCUGGGAGGAAGAUCAAAGUGGAACUUUGUCUCUCAGCAAAUGCUCUCGGUAUCGACUGGAUGUCAUCAAAAACUUAUCAAAUAGUGGAUACGUCCCGGGGAUUGAUGUGAACGUCAGUCAGUUACCCCUCGAGACAUGUCUGGAUGGAUGGAAGUACGACCAGGGGACGUACAUCUCUACUAUUGUCACCGAGUGGGACCUGGUUUGUGAUGAAAAGUGGAGGAACCCUUUGACCUCCUCAAUCUUCUUCUGUGGUGUCCUCACCGGCUCCUUCCUGUCAGGACAGCUGUCAGACAGGUUUGGGAGGAAGAUUGUGCUGUUUGUAACCAUGGGGGUCCAGACAGUGUUCACCUUCAUCCAGGUCUUCUCUCUGUCCUGGUCUAUGUUCUGUGGACUACACUUCAUCGUGGGCAUGGGGCAGAUCUCCAACUACGUGGCUGCCUUCGUCCUUGGCACGGAGCUGUUGAGCCCAGAAGUGCGGAUAGUGUUCUCCACCCUGGGGUUGUGUGUCAGCUUCGCCCUGGGCUACAUGCUCCUCCCUCUGGGGGCCUACUUUAUCAGGGAGUGGAGGAUGCUGCUGCUGGUUCUUACCCUGCCUGGCGUCCUAUAUGUGCCGUUGUGGUGGUUCAUCCCAGAGUCCCCCCGGUGGCUGCUCUCUCAGGGCAGAGUGGAGGAAGCUGAGGCCAUACUGAGGAGAGCUGCCAAACAGAACAGAGUACAGGCUCCUGACAUCAUCUUUCAGCCUCCACAGAUGGAGCUGGCGUCUGGGAAGUUAAAAACCUACAACAUCUGUGACCUGUUGCGUCCUAGAAACAUCUGUUGGGUCUCAGUCACCCUGUGGAUUGUCUGGACCGUUAUGUCCAUCGGCUACUUCGCCCUGUCCCUCAACACGUCCAACCUUCAUGGCAGCUCCUACCUCAACUGCUUUGUGUCGGCGGCCAUCGAGGUACCAGCCUACCUGGUGGCCUGGGUCCUGUUUCGCUUCUGCGGACGACGUCCUUCCCUCUGCUGGACACUGUUUCUGGGUGGAGUGAUGAUGUUUUUUACCCACCUCAUACCUUCAGACCGGAGCUGGAUUUCCACGGCUCUGGAAAUGCUGGGGAAGUUUGGCGUGACAGUGGCUUUUGCCAUCGUGUACGCCUUCACAGCGGAGCUCUACCCCACUGUCCUGAGAAACACAGCCGUGGGGGUGUGCUCCAUGGCAUCCCGCGUGGGCAGCAUCUCAGCGCCUUACAUCAUAUACCUGGGGGAGUUCUCAAAGUCCCUUCCCAGCAUCCUGAUGGGUAGUCUGACCAUCCUGUCCGGACUGCUCAGUCUGCUGCUGCCAGAGAGCCACGGCGUGCCUCUUCCCGACACCGUCGACCACAUGCAGAGCUUCCCUGGGUGUAAAAAGCGAGAGCUGUGUAAAUGCACCUGUCCAUCAGGAGAGGAGGACGAGCGAGCCAUGGAUAGGUAGCGACAGCUAUCACUCAAAAGCCCCUCAUCAGCUGACCCAUGUAUUUAUCUGUCACCUGAUCUCUGAACAUACUGUAAGAUAUAGUGUGAAACUCUAUGGUCGCUUAGCAUAAGGUUGACUUAUCAGCUGUUUAUGUCUAAUCUAUCCAUCCAGUAGACUAGAGAACACUUACUAUGUUCACUUAUAAUUGACAGUGGUUUCUUUGUUUACCUCAUUCCCAAAUGACAGAAAAUGAAAUAAUACAGUAUAUUUAAUUCAAAGAGAUUACACUAAUAUCUGUAUUGGAAUACUACAUAUCAAAACAUAUGUAACAUAGAUCAUAUAUAUUUGAAUGUUUAUGGUGAUAGGCUUUAUGGAAGCCUAACAUAGUAGAAACAGUUGCAUCAAAAUAAAGAAAUGGUUAAAUCCUGUGUAAAAAUGGUCCUAACCUAUAUUAGGCCUAUGACUUUUAACUAUUUGACUAUUAAACUUUCCCUCAAGUUUUUUUCCUUCUACUGAUAUUUGUUUACAUUUACUCAUAUUGCGUUAAUAAAGAACCCCCUUUGAAACCAGUUGAUUCUAACAACGUUGUCACUGGUAGUAUCUUUGCUGGACUCUAGUACCACCUCCAAACUGAAAAUAUGCCCCCCGAAACAUUUAUAUGCUUGAAAUGUAUUUCUGGAAAAUUCGCUAAUAUAACAAGCUUUGGAAGGGUGUACAAAAAUAGAGGGUGUUGAUAUCACAGCCUGGAAAUAUAGCUAGCUACAUGUUAUCAUCCUGGACUAAGUUUUACAUUAUUUUUGAACAGUGAAAUAUAAGAACACACAUAUGUCUACACUGACAGGGC